AUGAUGGCAUCUCCAAAGUUUUUCUUCUAUCUGACAUGUCUGUUCUUGGGCAAAAUGGCUGCUGGAAAGUUCACUUCGUUUGAUCAUGAAGAGAACGGUUUUGUAUCAGCUAAUGUUGGUGAUAGUUUGACUUUACCAUGUUUCUAUGAUGGUGAUGAUUCGACAAGGAUUUUCUGGUACAAGCAAAGUCUUGGACGGAAACCACGGCUCAUCUCUACCCUAUAUGCGUUCAAUAAGAAUGGCACUUUUCAUGAUGAAUUCAAGAACAACCCACGCUUCACAUUGGAUACUGACAUUGGUAGAUAUCACUUGAAGAUAACAGAUCUGUGCGCUUCAGACUCGGCUACUUACUACUGCGCAAAAAGGGUUUUAUAUACUACUGAAUUUGCAGCAGGUACUACUGUCAGUGUAAAGGGUUCAGGUUUGAACGUCCCAGCUUUGGUCCAUCAGUCAGCGUCUGAGACCAUCCAGCCAGGAGGCUCUGUGACUCUGAACUGUACAGUACACACUGGGAGCUGUGAUGAUGGAGAACACAGUGUUUACUGGUUCAAAUACUCUGAAGAGUCUCAUCCAGGACUCAUUUACAGCCAUGGAGGCAGGAAUGAUCAGUGUGAGAGGAAACCUGACACACAAACACACACCUGUGUCUACAACCUGCCAAUGAAGAGCCUGAAUCUUUCUCAUGCUGGGACCUACUACUGUGCUGUUGCAUCAUGUGGACACAUACUGUUUGGAGACGGGACCAAGCUGGACCUUGAGGAUGAGGAAGACUCUUCUGUCUUGGUGUAUUUCUUGAGUGGAAUUUCGACAUUCACCACCAUCCUGAGUGUUUUACUGGCUGUCUCAGUGUGCAUGAUGAACAAGAGAAACUGCUGCAAAUCUUCAGAGUCUGAAGCAAGAGUUCCAGCUCCCUCCACAGCAGAUGCACAGGGUUACCAAUAUGCAGAAAAACUCUAUUAUGCUGCUUUAAGUGUCAACCUGUUCAACAGAUCAAGAAGACAGAGGGAUCAGACCUGGAGUGAAUGUGUGUACUACAGUGUAAAGCAGUAGAACUGGACAUGUAACAUCUGUACGUUGAGUAAGACAGGAUGUUGUUAGUGCUUCUUUUGACAUGUAAUGUACAUUUAUAUCUACCUUUGAAAUAAAUACGCUUUUAUAGCUUUGUUUUAAGCAGCCAAAGUUGAAGUGUUCUAUGCUCCGCUGUUGUGUAUAUUUAAACCGGAUAUCUCCAUUCUGUUAUUUUUUUCUUGGAAAUUAACCAUGUGUCAAAAAUGAUUAAGUUACAUUUAUAAAUAUUAUUAUUAUAACUUAAUCGGCACAUCUAGAUGGUCGGUUUUGUACUUUUUAACCAACCGUAUGUGUGUUCUUGUUUAUGGAUUUUAUGUUGUUAAUAAUCAAAUAAACAUAAUUACAAUUUAAAG